UUAAACCCAAACCCAAGGGAGAGCUGCGAGCUGUCCGAAAGUCGGUGCAGAUUUCAAUUUUAAGAGAUUCCCGUAUUCGUCGCCAACUCCUGCGCAGUCCUGCCUGCAGGCGCAAUUUGCAACAUUUUCAGCAAUUCUGUUGCAACUUUCUUGCGAUUUUCUCUUGAGACUUGAUUCGGGAGUGAUCAUUUUCGUUGCCGAAUGCACACAAUCGAUCUUGGGUCGUGAGAACCGAGAGUGAAAAUGGUGGAGGAUCAAUCGCCGCCGCAUUCUGCGGCCGGCAAGAAGAAGCCCGCCGAGAAGAAGAAGAGAGUUCUGGAGGAGGGCGACUGCCUGAAGGCAAUUUUGGUUUCCGGAAGAGAUGACGAAGGAAGGCCCAAGGAGGGCGACUUGGUUGUAUUUCAGUACACCACAUAUACCGAGGAGGGAUCGGUGGUUGAAUCGACUCAGAUAAAAGACGGAGGGAAGGGAGUCCCCUUCAAGUUGGUUCUGGGACGGAGCAAGAUGAUUGCAGGCUGGGAAGAGGGCCUUCCCACCAUGUCAAGAGGCGAAGUAUCCAGGUUCAAGUUGAAGGAGAAGCUGCACUUCGGGGAUCCUGAGUGCCCUGUGCCUGUUCCAGAACACUUUCCCACAACGGGAACUCUAGAAUUCGAGAUUCAUAUGGAAGACUUUUUUAAAGUGGAGGUGGUUACGGAGGACUUGGGCGUAUUAAAACAGGUUUUGAAUGUUGGGGACGGUUGGGAGACCCCUAGGGAGCCUUAUGAAGUCAGAAUCAGAGUCACUGGAAGGACACGUGGGGGAGCAAAGUUUAUUGUCCGUGAGGAAGAUCCUCUUCACUUUACAUUUGGAAAGCGCGAGGUACCAGAUGGUCUUGAAAAGGGAGUGGGGACGAUGAACAAAAAUGAGAAGGCUAUCAUUCAUAUCUUGAAUCCAUCGUAUAUAACAGAAGCAUCAGCUGUUCCUGAGUUGCCCACUCAAGCAGAGGAGCUUCAGUUUGAAGUGCAGUUGGUUCAAAUAAUUCAGGUGCGGGAUAUGCUCGGCAACGGUGCUGUCAUAAAGCGCCGUGUGAAGGAUGGGAAAGGCGAGUUCCCCGUAGAUUGCCCUCUUCAAGACAGCAUAUUGCGUAUACAUUGGAGGGGUAAACUUCCACGCGAAGGUGGAAGAGUCUUCUACGAUACAAGAGCAGAAGGAAGACCUUUUGAGUUCCGAUCUGGUGAAGGCAUGCUGCCAGAAGGACUCGAAAUGAGUGUCAGGCUUAUGCUCCCAGAAGAAAUUUCUGUCGUCACCAGCACCUCGAAAUAUGCAUACGACAAUUUUACGAGGCCUGCUUCUGUUCCAGAGGGAGCUCUUGUGCAGUGGGAGGUGGAACUUCUAAGUUUUGAGAAAAUGAAGGACUGGACUGGUAUGAACUUCCGAGAGAUUAUUGAUGAUGCCGAAAAGCAAAAAUCCACGGGCAACAGACUAUUCAAGGAGGGGAAGUUUGAGCUUGCCAAAAACAAAUAUGAAUUUUUAUUACGGGAGUUCAAGCAUGUGAAUCCGGAUGGCGAGGAAGAAGUCAAAGAAUUGAGCAACGCGCAAAUCUCGCUACAGCUGAACGUAGCUGCUUGCUGGCAAAAGCUGAAGGAUCACGUGAAGGCCAUUGAGAUGUGCAAUAAGGUGCUUGAGGGAAAUCCUCACCACGUGAAGGCUCUAUUUCGUCGUGGUACGUCAUACACUGCCUCCAGCGAUUUUGAGGAUGCGCGAAAGGACUUCAACCAGAUGAUGAAGAUUGAUAAGUCUUCAGAACCAGACGCUUUGUCGGCUUUGUCAAAGCUGAGAAAAGCAGAGCAGGAAGCGGUAGAGAAGGCACGAAAGCAGUUCAAAGGUUUAUUUGACAAGAAGCCUGGAGCUCUAUCCGAGCAGGAUGAGAUGGAGAAGGAAGCGCCAACAGAUGUGGACAAGGACAAAGAUGAAAACGAAGAGGAUAUCAAAAUUGAAUCUAGCUUGGGAAGCCAGAGUUCUGAGAGCGUAGAGACACAGAAGGAACACAAUCCGUUCAACUUCCGAACAGCUGGAAUAAACUUUAUCAGAAAACUUACUGGUGGGAGAUGCUCAAUUCUAUGAUUUGCAAACCAUAUUUCAGCUGACUUUAAAUCAUCUAAUUUCUCAUGUCCCACUCCCUUUUCUUCAAGAAACGCCGCCAUCGCAUUGAGGCACAGCAGAUAGCUACUGUAUAAUCACCCGAGUUUUUUGAAGUUGGGAUAAAAGUUCAUAGAUAGUCAGAAGCCAUGGAUACAAGUUUAUAUGGAGUAGGAAGGAAAUGCAAUAAAUAUACGUCGGGA